CAUGGAUAGGUGCAUACAAGUUAAAGCCAACGAUACUCUGGGGCAUGGCCGUGCCAUUAGCGACGCACGUGCAACGAUUCGCUAUGAUGGCCACCUCACAGGAUUAUUUUGGCAAUCCGUAUGCGCUAUUUCGCGGUCCGCCCCUUACCAUGCGGCCGCGCAGUUCGCCGCUGGGCGUGGCUGGACACACGCAUGCCGCCUACGCGGCCCUCGAUCUGCAGUCGCCGCACAAGCGUCACAUUGAGUCGGAUGUGCGGUCACAGCCGCCGCCGCCAUUGCCG